CCCAAGACGAUGCAGACCCGAUCAUGGCGAAGAGCAGCAGCAUUCUAGACCUGAAUGCGCUCAUUUAGAACACCCGCUGGCUGCCUGGACAUCGUAUUACAAUAGAAUGAUGGAAAUAAACAGUUGAACAUCUAAUUCUGGAAUAAAUCUCCCUGCAUAUUAAGACGUUUCCAUACGCUGCUGUUGGUAUUAGUAAAAAAACAAAACAGUUAUUGGACAUAACGAACGGACGACGGACAACUUAAAAAGAUUGAGAUGAGAGUGAAUAGGCUGGCGGUUGCAUGCCGCUAGGCCUUCUCCGAAGAUGUAGUGGAGAACGUGACAGAAUGACAUCUCCAGAAUAUUGCCACACAGAUGAACAGGUUGACUACUGACAGUUAAGAUGGCCCACCUUUUCCUACCCAGCAAAGUCUUCAUUCCAGACGAGCCAACCAGCAAAAAUGCCAUAAAAGUUCCCAAAAGCGUUCUCAAAAUGCCCACUGCCAACUUGGAGAAAUCCAACAACAACAACACAGAGAAAGACCGUAGCAUCAUUGUGACGACAGGCCCAUUAAUAAAUGAGGGGCAGCUGAUGGCGGCGACCGGAGGGGCGGAGAUCUCAUGCUACCGAUGCACUGUGCCGUUUGGUGUGGUGGUGCUCAUCGCAGGGAUUGUGGUAACGACUGUGGCAUACACCUUCAACUCCCACGGCUCCACAAUUUCGGUACUGGGGCUGUUUCUGCUGUCGUCCGGUCUGGCCCUUCUGGGAUCCAGCGCUGUCUGCUGGAGAGUUCGGCUGGGGAGGAAGAAGGACCGGAGGAGGGAAAGCCAGACAGCACUUAUGGCCAACCAUGGACUCUGUGUGGCCUGAAGGGAAGAGAGGAAGUUUGAACGAUUUGAAGUCAUUGCCUGUGUGGCCUCAGUGGUGGAUUUGGUAAAUGUGAAGUUUGAACAAAGACGGUUGACUGGCAUGGUUGGUUAAAAAGGAAAACAGAUGCCUAUAGUUUAACAACAACUUGAGUGGCAAGACCUGCUGUAAGGAAGUGGAGAUCCUAUUAGGAGUUCUGGUGACUUGGUCUCCAUGUACAUUUGGAAACAUCAGGCCUGAUCAGAGACAUAACAGUGGUUUAUCUGAAUGGAGAGAAACUCCCAGAUUCUGCCUUGAUUUAUUUGUUCUCUCAUCUUGUCUUAUGCUGUCAUUGUCAAGUCAAACAUUGCUAAACAAACAUACCGGCUGUCACUUGUGUCUGUAGUUGAGUAGAACAGUAGAGGGUCCCAUCCAUCCAUGCUGGUCACACUGUUUAUUGUGUCUGUAGUAGAGUAGGACAGUAGAGGUUCCCAUCCAUCCAUGCUGGUCACACUGUUUAUUGUGUCUGUAGUAGAGUAGGACAGUAGAGGAUCCCAUCCAUCCAUGCUGGUCACACUGUCACUUGUGUCUGUAGUAGAGUAGGACAGUAGAAGGUCCCAUCCAUCCAUGCUGGUCACACUGUUUAUUGUGUCUGUAGUAGAGUAGGACAGUAGAGGAUCCCAUCCAUCCAUGCUGGUCACACUGUCACUUGUGUCUGUAGUAGAGUAGGACAGUAGAAGGUCCCAUCCAUCCAUGCUGGUCACACUGUUUAUUGUGUCUGUAGUAGAGUAGGACAGUAGAGGAUCCCAUCCAUCCAUGCUGGUCACACUGUCACUUGUGUCUGUAGUAGAGUAGGACAGUAGAAGGUCCCAUCCAUCCAUGCUGGUCACACUGUUUAUUGUGUCUGUAGUAGAGUAGGACAGUAGAGGGUCCCAUCCAUCCAUGCUGGUCACACUGUCACUUGUGUCUGUAGUAGAGUAGGACAGUUGAGGGUCCCAUCCAUCCAUGCUGGUCACACUGUAUAUUGUGUCUGUUGCUGCUCUGUUGAAGUUUCAAGUGAACAUUUAAUAGGUACAUUAAGGUAGGUUUUAGAUAAGUAGUUGACUAGUUGACCAAACAAAGUCAAGUUCCCUUAAAGUAUAAAACAAAUAGAAAAUAUUUUCCUAAUAAAGUCCCAGUAUAUCCCAAGUUUGAUGCGCAUGGUAGUAGCUUCUUUUUGAAACACGUGAUUUAAAAUAACAAUACAUUGUCUUGCAACGGCCAAGUGCACAAUAGUGAUUAAUUACAUUACACUGAUGUUGUGCUGAUGGUGUCUUGUCUUGUGAUGAUGUUGUGCUGAUAUUGUCUUGUUGUGUAAGAAUGUUCUGCUGAUCUUGUCUUGUCUUUUGAUGAUGUUAUGCUGAUGUUGUCUUGUCUCGUGCGGAUGUUGUGCUGAUGUGUUCUUGUCUUGUAAGGAUGUUGUGCUGAUGUGUUCUUGUCUUGUAAGGAUGUUGUUCUGAUGUUGUCUUGUCUUGUAAGGAUGUUGUCUUGUCUUGUAAGGAUGUUGUGCUGAUGUUGUCUUGUCUUGUAAGGAUGUUGAGCUGAUGUGUUCUUGUCUUGUAAGGAUAUUGUGAGGAUGUUGUCUUGUCUUGUAAGGAUGUUGUGCUGAUGUUGUCUUGUCUUGUAAGAAUGUUGUGAGGAUGUUGUCUUGUCUUGUAAGGAUGUUGCGCUGAUGUUGUCUUGUCUUGUAAGGAUGUUGUUCUGAUGUUGUCUUGUCUUGUAAGGAUGUUGUCUUGUCUUGUAAGGAUGUUGUGCUGAUGUUGUCUUGUCUUGUAAGGAUGUUGAGCUGAUGUGUUCUUGUCUUGUAAGGAUAUUGUGAGGAUGUUGUCUUGUCUUGUAAGGAUGUUGUGCUGAUGUUGUCUUGUCUUGUAAGAAUGUUGUGAGGAUGUUGUCUUGUCUUGUAAGGAUGUUGUGCUGAUGUUGUCUUGUCUUGUAAGGAUGUUGAGCUGAUGUGUUCUUGUCUUGUAAGGAUGUUGUGAGGAUGUUGUCUUGUCUUGUAAGGAUGUUGUGCUGAUGUUGUCUUGUCUUGUAAGGAUGUUGAGCUGAUGUGUUCUUGUCUUGUAAGGAUGUUGAGCUGAUGUGUUCUUGUCUUGUAAGGAUGUUGUGCUGAUGUUCUGACAUUCUGCUCAAUGGGAAGUUGCUAGUCCAGUAUCACUCAAAACCAGAGCUGUGAUGAGUUGUGAUUUGACAUGUAGCUUGGUUGCACUCUGUUUCAGUUGUAUUUUCCUGAUAUUUAUGACAUACAGUAUUUAUUGUCAUAUAUGGACAGGUGACAAAUUAAAGGAAAUCCCAACAUGAAAAGUCUCAGUAAGGUGUUGGUCCAUGAGCCACCAGAACAGAUUCAAUAUGUCUUGGCAUAGAUUCUACUAGUCUCUGGAUCUCUACUGGAGGAAUGGAACACCAUUAAUCCAAAUACGUUUUUUGAUGAUGGUUGGGGAGAGAGCUGUCUAAAACUUACAUCCUAUCCUCUUGCCAUCUUGAUCCAAAAUAAAGGUCAACUGGGCCUGCUCAACAUUUUAUCACAUGCCACAUGGCAUGACUGGAUGUAAUUGCUUAAUUUGUAUCAUGCAGUACACCUGUAUGGAAGCAUCUGCAUUCUUUAUGUUCCUCCACUCAGUUAUUCAUUUUGUCACCCAUCUAAAACUGAAUAAAAUAUUAAUAAAAGGUAAUCUGUUAUACUUUCAUUCUAUAUAAAUUAUUAAACAGCUAUUGAUAUAUAAAACUGUUUUAGUUGCUUUGGUGAAAUUAUCAAUAUUAUGUUGUGGUUUUUAAAAACUCUUAGUACAAAACUCCAAACUGAUCAUAAGUAAUUUCCAUGAUUGCUAUCCUAUAAUCAAAAGUGUGAUCAAUGAAGACAUCUUCUAUAAUCAUGGAUCACUAUGAAUAUCUUAAUUUUUCAUGUACUGCGGUAAGAAUCUUUCGGCUUGGCAAAUCCAACCCUAACAUUGGUCACCAGUGAUGUCAUGACAUGGCUUAUCCAUGAGCUGGAGGAGGGUGACAUGCUCAUAGCAAUGGCAGUCAUAGACCUUCCACCUCCAUUAUGAAAAGGAGAUUAUGGGGCAGGUCUAGGCUCAGGAAUCAAGGAUUGGCCCAAAACCAUUCCUGAAUCACCUUUGAAUGAGUUGUGGAGCCCCAACAUUGUGAGACCCAUGAAGGGGCUUGUAUCACACCAUCCCAUCUUUGGAUAUGACUACACACACGGAUGUGUUUCACCCACGUCGUCCAAGCAAGAAAGAAAGACAGUUGCUUAUUGGCCAAUGAUAUUGCACCAACAUUGUCGACAUUUGUCCUGGUAGAAGCCUGCUUUUCAACAAACAUGUACUUGUGAUGGUUCACAGCUGCUCAGUUUGUAGUUUAGAUCCUGUUCAGGGGCUCUCUGGUUUAAUCCUCUGCCUUGAUGACUAUUAUAUUGCAUGUUGAAAGACAUUGACAGUGUUUAUAUGGUUUAUAUGGUUAUAUGGUUACCAGUUGUGGUUACUACUAUGGAUGGCAGUCAUGUCGUUGACAGUAUGGUGUUGUACAUAGGCAAUCCAGUGGUCUUUUAUGGUCCACAAUACCAACACCAAGGUUGUGGGUCAAAAUACAAAUCUAUGGUUUUGGGAUGAUGACUCUGUACUUUUCAAUCAGGAAGUAGUAGGCAAAACAAUGUAAAAUGCAUACUAUUUAUUCACCAAAAUAAUUGAAUGAUGAUCAAUUAGGAACAAUGAGCAUAGUGAUAUUAAAAGGUAUUUUAACAAUAGAGAAGAAAGUCUUAUCAAAAGUUAUGCAUGUACAAAUAUAAUGUAUUUCAAUGUGAAAAACAUCUUUUUAGAUGACACACUGAUGUUUGUUGUUCUCAAUUUCAAUGUUAAAUAUACUUAGAACUGAAAAAAUCGUAUUUUUUGAUGAUCUUUUUUUAAAGUUUUUAUUAUGAGUGUGAAAUAUUACCACAUACUUGUGUGAAUGUUCCAAAGCAACAAUAAACUGUAAUAACACUAAAAUGUAAAUGCUAAAUGGAUUUGCCAAUA